AAUUAAUAACUUAAAAUAUCAUUAAUAGUAAAUUAUGAAUUUACAAAACUACCCUAAUCUUCCUCCAACCUCCUCUUCUCUCUCUGCUUCGCCCCUGCCUGCUCUAUCGCCACCACGCUCCUCCACUAUGCCGCCUCCUCCAACACGACCCAGCACCUCAUGACUCUCUCCGAACUCUCCCUCAUUUCCUCGGUUCUUACCCGCUGCCCGUCCCUUUGCCACUUCCUCAUCUUCGUUCUCACCCACGAAUCGCUCCUCUGGCACUCCCUCAACCUCGACAGCCGCACCAUCUUCCUCGAUGAAAGUCAGUACUUCGUCUCCAGUUUCGAACAAGCCCACCUGGAAAUUGAAGCUUACGACGUUCAGUACACCACCAAAACCUGCCAGCAAGUGCAAAACCUCGUCUUCUCCGAUUGCAAGCUCGCCAUCAACGAUAUGCCCAACCACAUGAUAUCAGAUUCUUCCAAAAGGAUAGAUCUGAGUUUGGAUGCGAUCUAAAGAGCGAUGAUGACGCGAUUAGAUCAAAUCUUGGUUUGUAAGAACAAAAUCGACCGAAUCUGGGUUUGAAUGGCUGCUCGAAUUUGGUGUUUGUGAUGGCGAAUUUCAUUGAACAUAGAGUCAUUUCAUUGAAUCGGAUGGGUAAUCCAGAUCUAUGGGUCCUUGGGCAUUGCAGGGUUAUAAAUGGAAGGACGGUUAUAGAAAAGUUUGAAACGUUGCAGGGCAAAAUUCAAGAGUUUAUCAGUGGCAGUCAUGGCAACAUUUUUCUCCCUCACAACCCCAGUGGGGAUUGCAAUUGGGAUUGCAAUUUCAAGUGUUUACGACGAGAACAGCCAACCUGCUCUGAUAGUUCAAGGAGUAUUCAAUGCAGCUGCUGCGGGCAUUUUGAUUUACAUGUCGCUUGUGGAUCUGUUGGCAGCAGAUUUCAUGAACCAAAAGUUGCAGGGCAAUAUGAAGAUU